UGUCAUUAUGCCAUUGUUAUGUCAAUAUCAUGCUUGUUUUCCCUGAGUUUGUAAUUUGGUAACAUUUUCGUAAAAUGUGGUUGAUUUCUACAAUUUAAGUCUUUGCAAAUUUGAGCUUAAUGUCUUGCAGUUCCUAAACACCACAGUUAUCACAAUGCAAGUCUCAGAAAUUGAUAAUGUAAAAAUUUAUAACCUUAGCGCGGGGAAAUCUUUACCGGACUGGUUAUCAGAAAGAAAAAAGAGAGCAAUACUUAAGAAAAAUGUUGAUCUUAGAAGAAGAAUUGAACUUAUUCAAGAGUUUGAUAUGCCAGGCGUCAGUACAAGUAUUAGGGCAUCUGUAGAUGGACAGUACAUAAUGGCAACUGGAAUAUAUAAACCAAGAAUUAAAUGUUAUGAUGUAAAUAAUUUAUCACUCAAAUUUGAGAGAUGCUUGGACUCUGAAGUUGUCACAUUUGAAAUACUAAGUGAAGAUUAUACAAAGAUUGUAUUUUUACAAUGUGAUAGAUAUGUUGAGUUUCAUGUUGGACAUGGUAGGCACUAUCGGCUGAGAGUACCACAUUUUGGAAGAGACAUUGCUUACCACAAGCCUUCAUGUGAUCUAUUUGUUGUGGGAGCUUCAAAUGAAGUGUACAGGUUGAAUUUGGAAGUAGGACAAUUCAUGGCUCCUUAUGUUACUAAAGCCAAUGAAAUAAACACUUGUGCGGUAAAUGACGAGCAUGGCUUACUUGUGAUUGGCACAGAGAGUGGACAAGUGGAGGCGUGGGACCCACGUACUAAGUCAAGACAGGGCUUAUUAGAUUGUGCGUUACAUUGUUCAGAUGUUGGCAAUACAAGUUUACCUGCAAUAACAAAAUUGAAAUUCAAUGGUGCUUUACAACUAGGAGUUGGGUCAUCUUCAGGACAUGUCCUACUGUAUGACAUCAGGUCGAGUAAACCAUUGCUUGUGAAGGAUCACAUGAAUGAAAUACCCAUCAAGAAUAUUGAGUUCCAUAAACAAAUGAACUAUGUUUACUCUAUGGAUUCCUUAGUUUUGAAGAUAUGGGACGGCAAUACUGGUAAACAAUACACAAAUAUAGAAGCAUCAGCAGACUUCAAUGAUCUAUGUGUAAUACCAAACACUGGUUUAUGUAUGAUGGCGGUUGAAGAUCCAAAAAUGCAGAUAUACUAUGUUCCAUCACUAGGACCUGCUCCAAAAUGGUGUUCAUUCUUAGACAAUUUGACAGAAGAACUAGAAAGUUCUGCUGUACAGACGGUGUACGAUGAUUACAAAUUCAUCACUAAACAAGAACUGGAAUCAUUAGGUUUGGAUCAUCUUUUGGGUACCAACUUACUGCGGGCGUAUAUGCAUGGUUACUUUGUUGAUGCACGAUUGUACAAGAGAGCUAAAACGAUAGCAGAUCCGUUUGCCUUCGAAGAAUACAAGAAGCGUAAGAUAAGAGAAAAGAUUGAACUGGAGCGUCCGGCGAGACUUAAACUUGAUGACAAUCUGCCCAAAGUUAACAAAGAAUUGGCCUCGCGAUUACAAAAUGUUGAAAUUAAAAAGAAUAAACAAUCAAAUAAUUUGCUUAAAGAUAAUCGAUUUAAGGAACUGUUUGAGAAUCCCGAUUUUGAAGUAGAUAAGGAAGCAGAUGAAUAUCGUCUACUGAACCCGGUGCUGUCGCGACUGGACAAAAAGAACACAAAGAAAGUCAAACAAGUAAUGGCUGUAGAUGAGGUUGAACAUGUUGAAGAAGAAAAAGACUCUGAUAUUGAAUUGUAUCAAUCAAGUGAAGAAAGUUCUGAUGAUGAGAAAAUGUGGGCAAAAGAUAUGAAAAAACAACACAGACUUAUCAGAAACAAGAAACAAGAAGAAGAAAGAGACGAAGAGUCGCGAAACGAAAAGGUGUAUGAAUUUAGUAAUGCGCCUAAGCUCACUAAUAUUAGAAGCAUUACUAGAGUUAGUAAGACCAGUUUAGGGGAACGACUAACAAAAGAAGGUUUCACAACAAUGGUCACUGGAACUGGCGGAAAUAAAGAAAUGAAAUUCUCAAUGCGCGGGAAAAAGAAUGUUUCCGACAAUCAGAAAUCAAUGAAAAAACACUACGAAGAAAGGAAACAACUCGUCAGAAGAACAGGAUUUUUAUCUAAAAAGAAACUUCCUAGAAAAUAAAUCGAGUUAAAUAUAUUCUGUUAAUUUUA